UUGGCUCAUUGUUACACAGUUUUCCUGACUGUUGGUUCAUGGGAGUGCGUCAGGUCUCAAUAGAGCCUGAACCGUGUAACCGAGGGGGGAAAUAAAGUUUGCAGGCAAACUUUGACAAGAGACGCACAUUUGGACAUCUGGACAAGUGUACUGGGCUUAGUUAGCCUACAGUAAUACUGGAACUAUGAAAAGUUUCAAACAACGGCUUAAGAAAAACGAGAGUACAGAAUGGGGAAAGUAUGAUGAGCGUCUGAUGAAGGCAGCAGAGAAUGGAGAUCUAGAGAAACUCACAGCCACACUCAAGAAAGGAACCAACCCCACCAAACUAGACCUAGAGGGCCAUUCUGCGUUUCAUGUUUCUGCUAGCAAAGGCCUCAUGAAUAGUCUAAAUGUUUUCCUGGAUAACGGUGUCAAUGUGAAGGCCGUAGAUGCUGCCGGUAAAACAGCUUUGCAUCUGGCUGCAGCAGGCGGUCAUUCCAUGUGUGUGCAGAGGCUGCUGCAGUGUAAAUGUCCUGUUGAUGGUACAGACCUGCAGGGCCAUACGGCUUUGCAUGAUGCAGCAUAUGUAGGCUGCAAAUCUGCUAUCAAAGUGCUCUGUGACAGCGGUGCAUCUAUUGAUGCUGUCGACGCAGAUGGUAGAUCGCCCUUAUUGCUUGCCGCCAAGAUGAGCCAAUCAGGAGCAUGCCAGAUGCUUGUGCAAUAUGGAGCAUGCAUUGUUCUUCGAGACAAGCAAAACAAGACUGCGCUAAUCUUAGCUUGUGAGAAUUCCUGUAAAGAAGCAGUGGAGAUUCUCCUAAAGACUAAGGCAGAUGUUUCUGCAGUGGACCUUAAUGGCUAUGAUGCUUACCACUAUGCCAGACUAAGUCAGAAACAAGACUUGAUCACACUUGUACAACAUGCCUUGGAAACAACCACUAAAGCUAAAGAAACUGCCACUGUUUCACAGAAGAUCCAACAGGCUAAACCCCCAUCAGCAGGAAUUGGCCGGACCAAAGCAGGAUCAGUAAAGACUGAGAAACCUUUGUCAGAGCCACUAACAAGGGAGCAUGGCAGUCACUCUACUGAAGGAAAAGGUGCCAAACAAAAUCAGAAUCUGGAUUCUACACAGGUCAGGCCUGCACAGUCAGCUCCUGUGCCAGUUAGAUCUGCUCCGAUGGAGUUAUUGCCUGGUGAGGUGGAGGUCCUUAGGAGAGAACUAAGAGAUUCACGAAGGAGGCAAGAAGCAGCAGAGGCGGAGGUGCAUAGGCUGGACACGGCGCUGGCUCUGCGUGCUCAGGAGUACGAAGGACUGAGGAGAAGCAGUGAGCAAGUUCUGCAAGCGGCCCAUAACCGGUCGUGGGAGCUGGAGGAGGCCCUGGGCGAGGUGCAGAGGAGGAUGGCCGGCUCGGAAAACCGAAUGAGACAGAUGCAAGCUCAUCUAGUGGCCGUCAGGGAGCACUUGGUGGAAGAGUUGAGAGUCCAGCUCCAAGAGGCCAAAGGUCAGCGAGAGGCAUCCGUAGCUGAACUGGGGAGGAUGCAGAAGGAGCUCAUUCAUCUGUCUCAGUCAUCAGUGGAGAAUGAGGGACAGAGGUUGGCUCAGGUCAACAUAUCAAAGCCCAUCAGCUCCUGUGAGCCGUCACAGUCUGACAGCUCUCUCCAGGCUCAGGUCCACAGCCUACAACAGCAGCUAGAGGACUGUGAAAAACAUUAUAGACAUGUGCUUUCAAUAUACCGAACACGGUUGCUCAGUGCAGCGCAGGGUUACAUGGAUGAAGAGGCCAGAGUGGCUCUGAUUCAGAUUGCCAAGAUUAGAGAGGAGUGUGUGUGUUGAGCAUUCACUGUGCUGCUGUUCCUGAAUGUGUGUGUGUGUGUACUACUGUUCAAAAGCAUGGGGUCUGUAAGA